AUGUUUCGUGAUAAAAAACCAGCUGCACGAGAUAAUUUGGAAGCAUUGAAAAAUGAAAUUGAAUUGGACGAACAUAAAAUUUCCAUUGGUGAGGUUUAUCGAAGAUAUGGAACAAGUCCUGCAAUGGGCCUUACAGAAGAACGAGCAGCAGUGCUUCUUGAACGGGAUGGUCCAAAUGAUUUAACACCAGCUCGAACAACUCCUGAAAUAGUUCGUUUAGCCAAAAAUAUGUUCGGUGGUUUUGCGAUGCUUCUCUGGGUUGGCGCUUUUCUUUGUUUUAUUGCACAUUUUUUGGAAUUGUAUACAUUAGAAGAUCCGCAAUAUGAUAAUAUGUAUUUAGGAAUUGCCCUAGCAAGCGUAAUUAUUAUUACGGGAUUCUUUUCAUAUCAUCAACAAGCGAAAAGUUCGAAAAUUAUGGAAUCGUUCAAAUAUUUAGUUCCACAAGCAGCUUGUGUUGUUCGACAUGGAAGAUCGAGAAACAUUAAUCCUGAAGAUAUCGUUGUCGGAGAUAUUGUGGAAGUUCAUCGUGGCAAUCGAAUUCCAGCUGAUAUUCGAAUAAUUCGUGCGCAUGGUCUCAAAGUUGAUAAUUCUUCGUUAACUGGAGAAUCUGAACCACAAUCACGUGGAACUGAAUAUACAAAUGAAGAUCCUUUAGAAACAAGAAAUUUAGCUUUUUUUGGAACAUUUGCUGUCGAAGGUUCAUGCAUUGGUGUUGUUAUUCGUACUGGUGACAAAACAUUCAUUGGAAGAAUUGCAAAUUUAACUGCGGGUGUUGAAUCGGGUAAAACUCCAAUUGCAACUGAAAUCAAUCAUUUCAUUCGUAUCAUAACGAUCAUUGCCGUUGUUGUUGGUGUGAUCUUUUGUAUCUGUUCUCUUUCACUUGGCUAUACAUACGUUGAAGCCGUCGUUUUUCUUAUCAGUGUGAUCGUCGCUCAAGUUCCUGAAGGUCUUCUAGCCACUGUUACUGUUUGUUUAACAUUAACAGCACAACGAAUGGCACGGAAAAAUUGUUUUGUAAGAAAUUUGGAAGGAAUCGAAACUCUUGGGUCAACAACAAUCAUUUGUUCAGAUAAAACAGGAACAUUGACACAAAAUCAAAUGACUGUUGCUCAUAUGUGGUUUGAUAACCAUAUUAUUGAUGCAGAUGUCGAAGCUUUUCAAUCGAAAUCAAAUUAUACAAGAUUUUCUCAUUGUUGGAAAGCGUUAACACGUUGUGCAAUGUUAUGUAAUACAGCAAUAUUUAAAGAUGAUCCAGACAAUCUUACUAAACCAAUUUUACAACGACAAAGUGAAGGUGAUGCAAGUGAAACAGCCAUUCUGAAAUGUAUGGAAGCAACUGUCGGAAGUGUGUCAACAUAUCGAACAAUAAAUCCAAAGAUUUGUGAAGUUCAAUUUUCUUCAUCAAAUCGUUAUCAAUUUUCAAUUCAUUCGACAAAUGAUAAUGAUGAUCGAUAUUUACUUGUUAUGAAAGGUGCACCAGAAAAAAUCCUCAAAAAUUGCUCAACAAUAUUUGUUGAUGGCUCGGAAAUCGGUUUUAAUGAUUAUUGGAAAAAAGAAUAUGAAAAAGCAUUCAAAGAAUUAAGUAAUCUUGGCGAACGUGUUUUAGCAUUUGCUGAUUAUCGUUUACCAUUAAAUCAAUAUCCUCGAGACUUUCCAUUCGAUUGUGAUACAAUUAAUUUUCAUGUUAAUCCAUAUUAUGAAAAUUUCAAUUUUCCAACUACUGGUCUCAGAUUUUUAGGUUUAAUUUCUUUAAUUGAUCCACCACGCGUAAACGUUGCACAAGCUGUAAGUAAAUGUCGAUCGGCUGGUAUUCGAAUUUUGAUGGUUACAGGUGAUCAUCCAUUAACUGCAGCUGCGAUUGCUCGAGCCACAGGAAUUAUUACAGAUCAAAGUCCAACAGAGAAACUGUUAGAAAAUAUCAAUGAUACAACAACAAAAGCGUGUGUUAUUCAUGGAAAUGCACUGAAAAAUUUAACUAAAGAUCAAUUAGAUGAAGUUAUCAAAUCUCAUGAAGAAGUGGUCUUUGCACGGACAAGUCCUCAGCAAAAGUUGAUUAUUGUGGAAAGUUGUCAGAGGUUAGGAGAAAUUGUUGCUGUGACUGGCGAUGGAGUGAAUGAUUCACCAGCAUUGAAAAAAGCGGAUAUUGGAAUUGCAAUGGGAAUUACAGGAUCAGAUGUGAGAACAAUUGCAAUUUUAUGUAUUGAUUUGGGUACGGAUAUGUUUCCUGCUAUUUCAUUAGCCUACGAAAGAGCGGAAUCAGAUAUUAUGCAACGUCCACCAAGAGACGCCAAACGUGAACAUUUAGCUACAGAUCGAUUAAUUUGGAUGAGUUAUGGGCAAUUAGGAAUGAUUCAAGCGGGUGGAGGAUUCUUUGUUUAUACAGUUGUUAUGGCAGAAAAUGGAUUUCUACCUUCAAGAUUAUUAGGAUUACGAAAAUCAUGGGAUUCAAGAGCGGUUAAUGAUUUAGAAGAUUCUUAUGGACAAGAAUGGUCUUAUGAACAACGUAAAGCAUUGGAAGAUACAUGUCACACAGCUUUCUUUGUUACUGUUGUUAUUGUUCAAUGGACUGUUCUGUUAUGUUGUAAAUCUCGGCGAAAUUCUCUUUUUCAUCAAGGAAUGUCAAAUCAAGUAUUAAAUAUGAGUAUUAUUUUUGAAACUGUUUUAGCAAUUAUCAUUUCAUAUACUCCAUAUGUUAAUCGUGGUCUCAUGAUGUAUCCUUUAAAAUUACAUUGGUGGUUCUUACCAUUACCAUUCACUUUACUUGUUUUUGUUUAUGAUGAAUGGAGAAAAUUAUUAAUUCGAAAAUUUCCGGGAUCAUUUAUUGAUCAAGAAACUUCUUAUUAA